CGGAACCGUCUGCUCGGCUGGUUUCGGGAAUGCCCGGAUAUUUUCGCCUCUUUGUUUUACUGAAAGUGGAUUUUAACUCGGAUUCAGACCAACAUCCAGCGGGGGGUUCUGAUCUCAAACAGCCUCAUGAGGGCAGGUCUGCCAUGCUCAGCUAACGCUGCUGCUCAGCUGCUGGAGUAGAGGUGGCUCCCGGACCGUCCACGAUAAACAUAUGGCAGCACUGGGGAACUCCGAGAUGCUGACCCGGAAGAUCCAACUGUGGGACAUCAACGCCCACAUCACCUGUCGACUGUGUGAGGGGUACCUGAUCGACGCUACCACGGUUACCGAGUGCCUGCACACCUUCUGCCGGAGCUGUUUGGUGAAGUACCUGGAGGAGAACAACACCUGUCCCGCCUGCCGGAUCGUCAUCCACCAGAGCCACCCCCUGCAGUACAUCGGCCAUGACCGAACAAUGCAGGACAUCGUCUACAAACUGGUGCCGGGUCUUCAGGACGCGGAGGUGAAGAAACAGAGGGAUUUCUACCAGAAGCUGGGGAUGGAGGUUCCGGGGGACUUGAAGGCCGAGCUGUGCGGUGCCAAGGCCCAUCUGGGCUUCCACCACAACGGGGACCUCAAAUCGGAGGACGGGGCCCACAAGGACACGGGGGAGGAGAAGAGGGAGGAAGACGAGGACUACCACAGGAGCGACGAGCAGGUCAGUAUCUGUUUGGAGUGUAACAGCAGUAAGCUCAGAGGGCUGAAGAGGAAGUGGAUUCGGUGCUCAGCGCAGGCCACCGUCCUGCACCUCAAAAAGUUCAUCGCCAAAAAGCUCAACCUGACGUCGUUUAACGAGCUCGACAUUUUAUGCAACGAAGAGAUUUUGGGAAAGGACCACACACUGAAAUUUGUCGUGGUGACCCGGUGGAGAUUUAAGAAGUCCCCCCUCCUGCUCUACUACAGACCCAAAAUGGAUUUGCUGUAGGAAGCGGGCCCCCCCCUGGAACCCCCCCCCCC